UUAAAUUAUAAUUGUAUAUUAAAAUGAAAUGAUAAUCCUAUAAGUAGGAAGCUAGCCUUGGAAUAAUAAAGAGAAACAAGUUCAUAUACGUCUAUUUUUGAUUGCCAUGGUUUCUUUUAUUAAUAUGACAACAACGCUAAGAAUUUUGCUGAGUUUGUUUCUUUUAGGGACAGCCCAAGCGCAACUUUCAGCCAAUUAUUAUGCCAAGACAUGCCCAAAAGCUCUCUUCACAAUCAGAGCUGCAGUGCGUAAAGCAGUAGCUGCAGAGCAUCGCAUGGGGCCAUCUUUGCUUCGACUACACUUCCAUGACUGCUUUGUUAAUGGAUGUGAUGCUUCUGUUCUUUUAAACGAUACCUCAACAUUCACAGGGGAACAAACUGCAGGUGGCAAUGCAGGAUCACUUAGGGGUUUUACUGUGAUCGACAAUAUUAAAUCUCAAGUCGAGAGUGUUUGCCCUGGUGUUGUUUCUUGUGCUGAUGUUCUAGCUGUAGCUGCACGGGAUUCAGUUGUUUCACUAGGUGGUCCAACAUGGAGAGUGCAGCUGGGUAGGCGGGAUUCUACUAAAGCGAGUUUAAGCACCGCAAAUUCUGACAUUCCAUCCCCAUCCUCGGAUCUUAGUGGGACUAAUGGACUUCUAUCUUCCUUCUCAAACAAAGGAUUCACGGCCAAAGAAAUGGUGGCCCUAGCAGGAGCACAUACGAUUGGGCAAGCCAGAUGUGUAGUAUUCCGCAAUAGAGUUUACAACGAGAGCAACAUCGAAGCAUCAUUUGUUACUUCUGUGAAAUCCAAGUGCCCAAACAACGGGGGUGAUGACAAUCUUACCCCACUCGAUACUACCACUCCUGUUGUCUUUGACAACGGGUAUUUCAAAGAUCUUGUCAACAACAAAGGUCUGAUGCACUCGGAUCAACAGCUUUUCAAUAACGGAUCCACUGAUUCUCAGGUCACUUCUUACAGCAAUAACCCUUCAUCCUUUCACAAGGAUUUUGCAGCAGCUAUGGUCAAGAUGGGCAACCUCAGUCCCCUCACUGGAACAAACGGACAGAUCAGAACCAAUUGCUGGAAAACCAACUAA